GCAGUCCCUACCAAGCACCACCCCCUCAAGGAAGCCCUUACCAAGCCCCCCCCCCUACAACCAACAACCCCCCCCAAUACGACAACCGCCCCCCCCUACGAACGAAGCCCCUACAGCGCCCCUCCCCCCCCGGCGCCCGCCCCCCACCAAACCCACCCCCACCCGCACCACCAGGCUGGCACCAAGAAUGGGAACCCUCAACCCGCCGCGCCUUCUGGGUCGAAGAAGCAACCGGACGCUCGCAAUGGGAAUCCCCCUUCCCAGCCUCUGCACCCCAAGGCCCUCAAAGCGGCUACUACGACGGCUCACGAAGCGUUCCACCCCCAGAGGGCGGAUACUAUGCGCCUCCCCCCCGGCCCUCCCCCGUCUGGCUACGAUGAGCGCGGAUACAGCGGUGGCGGCGGCUAUGCCCCGCAGGAGGAGGAGAAGAAGUCCAGUAAUAUGGGCAAAUAUCUUGCGGCUGGUGCGGCGGGUUUGGCGCUUGGUGGUAUUGCGGGUGCAGUGAUUGAGCAUGAGACUAACUCUGAUGACUCCUCUGAUCGUGAGGAACAAGAGGAACGGGAGAAUGAGAUGCGCAGGGAGGCUUAUGAGGAUGGUAGGGAGGAUCAGGCUGAGUAUGAUGAGGAGUAUUAUGAUUAG